UGCUGCCCUAGUAUUGUAUCCGGAAGUAUUAAGAGUUGUCUUCUCUUGUUUAGGAAAAUGCAUUAAAAUCAAAACCAUGAUUGUGUAGCUAACAAUCGUCGAAAUAUACACAUCCGAGAUGUCCAUUUAUAACACAGAAAGAUGUUAAAAUGAUACUGUUCCAUUAGGAAGUACCAAAUCAACGAACAAAGAGGAUAGCAGAAGCUGGCUUCACGAUGACGUCUGACAGUCAAGUGUUGUACAAGUCAUCAAAGGACUCCCACAAGAACCGGUGUACGUACAGCUGUGGCAACUGUGUUGUCAACUUCUACACGGAGCUGUCGCUGAUGCUUCACAUCGCAAAUGCUCACCCAGACAGCCUCUCGUCGCUACGCGUCGUCAGGGAAGUGACGACCAUAUUCCGGUGUCGCCUGUGUGAUGAUGAGUUCACAUAUCUGUCAGACUUCAACAGUCACAUGAGUGUUCACGGGCCACGCAACAAAACGACAAUCCCCAUCAUAGCCGAACGGAUACAGGUCACCAAAAAGAAGGAAGACACUCCAGCGCCGAAACCAACAAAAGUGAAGAGGUUUUCAAACAGACAGACUUCCUCUGUGCCCAUUCACACAAGAUGCUUCAGCUGUGGAAAAAAGUUUACAGAUUCGUCUGGCUUCACCGCUCUUGAUUCUGUGAACUUCUGUAUUCUGCCAACUCCCGAAUGCACGAAGUGUAAUCUGGCUUUCCCCACAAGGAAGGAGCUUGUUAAACACAACAAAAUCCACAGUGAUGCUUUACCUGUUUACUUGAAGGAACCGGAUGAAACAGAUCAACAAACGGCGCCAAUAAAACUUCUAAAAAUUGAAGAAAAUGCCAAUCAGCAGUUCAAACUUUACACCUGCUCUGCGUGUAAUAAUAAGUUUGCAAACAACAUCAGCAAGGCUAAGAAGAUGCUGAUCCCCUGUGUUAACACAGACACUCCAAUUGCAUUCGGUGUUCCUCUGAAUGGACCAGAGCCACACUCUCAAUCUCCAGUACUGACAGAAUCGGACGUGUCUGUCAGACAGCAGACCUACGUGAUGCAUGGACAGUUUGUGGGUUCAGAAUUAAGAGCUGAAUCUGGACAACUGGAUGGACUGGAGACGAAAACAACAGAAUGUCCGUCUGUUUUAGUCGGCCUGCUUCAGGGCAACAGGAUGAGGGUCAUCCAGCCAGACUUCAUGCAGUCGUCGGAAGGUAGGAAAGAUGGUCUGGUGCCAAGCACUGGCGAGAAUAUCAUGUCUGGAACACUGGAAGAUGGCAGCGAGUUUGUGAUCAUGAAAAGUGAUGAGACUGAAUUUGUUGUUAAAGCAGGUAAGGCUAAACAUACAGCUAAAUAUUUGAAGACAUCCAAAAAGAAGAAGACUGACCAAAGUGUGGAUAUGUCAGAUGCUGCAGAUCAAUGUAUGAGUGACGUUAAAGGAAGACAACUGCCUCUUAGACCGAUAAAACCAGACCCUGAUGCAGAAUGCAUUCCAGAACAGAGACCUGAAACAGGACAGAACAGUGGAGAGAGUGACAGCAAUCAAGUCCCUGUCUCUCCAAACACAGCACAUAAUGUGCAGGUGCCGAUCAAAACAGAAGUUACGGAUGACGACAGCAGUGAGUCUGUCGUGUUUAGUAGAGCAUGUCGGAACAAGCCACACAGAAACACAGUCACGAGAUCAAUGGCGAGGAAAAAUCUACAUCACUCUAACGUUUCAACAGUUCCAGUUGAUGUUAAGAGAGUGGAAAAAUCAGUGCCUAAUCACGGGAACAGACCAACAAUAGAUGAAUGUUUGAAAAAGGAAGCAAAGAGUGAAACCGAUCUGGACAGUCUUCUUGCCGUAGAGAAGCCACUGGAGGGCGUGUUCAAUCUGAGGAUGAACAUCAGUACUGAUGGUGAGAGAGUUGCAUCAGAUGACCUUGAUAAAUUGUUAAGUAUCGAGAAACCAUUUCUUUAUGAUGCUUCUCCUGAAAAGAGACAAAGUGGAAAAGAUGAAUUAGUAGUAGUUAAAACUGAGCCCACCUCUCCAACAGUAGACAACAGAAGUGUGAUUGGUGAAGAAAGUGAGAAUGACAGCAGAAAUGACAUUGUGUUACCCGAAGAAAGUUUAGUUGCACGCGAGAAUACAACUGGAACAAAUGCACAUCUGUCUGUAUCUCAGGAGCUUGCGUCUAGUUCAAACAGCAACACUGUGAUCAAGAGUUGUGAUUCAGAUGCUUCGUGUCCACUGAAAACUGUGAAGACUGAGCCUGACGCCGAUUCAUGGGAUCACUGGGAGGACACGUCUGUUAUGAAAACAACACAGUGUAAACCGGACACCAUCAGUGAUGAAAGUGAAUGUUUGGUAAAGAUAGAAAAUGCCGAAGACAACACAGAAGACAUUUCAUGUUUACCUAAGAUUAAGCAAGAAAAGGAGGAUUUGUCAUACGAGCAGUGUGCGAGUCGUUUCCCUGGAAUCAGUCCGGACUCGGACUCUAGCAAUGACGAGCUGCAGGAUUCUAGAGACCCAAAUCUUUACUCAGCGUCGCAGGUUAAACAGGAACCCGAUGACGCAGACAGGCUGCUGAGAAUCAAACGGGAUCUGUUCUGUAAAAAGGGUGAGACAAGAAAGUACGAUGAUGACAUGUCUGAGAGUGAAGCUAGCCUUGAUUCUCCUUACCUCCAGUCCAAUGUGGAGAACAUGGAACUCACUUCUGAGAUGGAGACUUGUCAAAACAGUUCAGUUUCCAAGCCCAUCGAACGCAUCUUCGUGCCGCAGUCGAUGCUUGGAGUACACAGACUGCAGCUCAACGACGUGCUCAAUAAUGUCAAACAGAAGCAGGUUGCAAGUGGGUUAGACUUUGUAGACCUGUUAAACGAGGAAGCCAUCCCAGCAGCAACUCCUGGAAAGGUAUCCUGGAGAAAGAACUAUCGCAAAAGAAUAGCUGAUUUGAUGGCCGGUAAAGAAAUGACGAUGGAAAACAAUGUCCCAAGCAGAAAUAAAUAUCCAAAUGUCCAGAGCAAGAGGCGCCAUGCUCAUGCUGAUUUGGUUGAACUGCAGAUGAUUCAGAAGGCAAAACAGCGAUCAACUAAGCGGAGUUACUAUGGAAGAAAAAUAGCAGAGCUUACAGCAUUAAAUAAGGGACUGCAGGCUGCAUUAAAUGAAAAGAAUGAGACUGUUGAUGAUAAGAAAGCCGAUAUAAAAGACAAUGUUGCCCUUGAGGUAGUUGAGAAUGUUGUUAUCGAUGAAAAAACAAAAGCUCAAUCUUGUCAGGGAAAUAAAGUUGGAAAAAGAAAUACUGGCUCACUUCCACUUAAAAGACGAAAUUUCUAUGAGAAAAGAAUAGCUGAACUAAGAGCAUUUGAAGAUGUUGACAUUUUAGAAUCUGAAACCGUAUCCGUAAGACUGUCUAAAAACACUUUACCAGAAAAUUCUGUGGAUGGCGAGAAGGGCAAAAAUAAAACUGACUAUAAGGAAAGAAUGGCUGACCUUGACAGGAAGCUGAAGGUCAUUCGGGAGAAACAGAAGUUAAAGAAGGUCAAGUCUAAAACAAAAGAGUCGUGUGCAUGUCCGACAUGCGGGGAGAAGUUUUCCGACCAGGAGAGCACGGUGAAUCACAUGAGGAAGGUGCACGGGAACAAGGUGGUGUACAAGUGUGACUUCUGCAUGAAGAUGUUCGAGAACAAGGAGGACAAGGUGGAGCACCAGUUUGUGCACAUCGAGGAGACGAAGAGCGCCGCCUACUCCAUGCUGCAGUCUGACCAGUUCAAGUGCAACAUCUGUAACACCAGCUUCCUCUUCUCACAGUCCCUCGUGCAGCACUUCAGGAAGUUUCACUCCGGAGACCAGGUCAACACAGAUAGCUGAUACUCACUGUGUCUGGGGUUCAUCUAGAGUUAUCUCCCUUGUAUGAUGUGUAGACAUGUGCAUGAUUGGGUUAUAUCAGAAUAGCUGAUACUCACAGACUAGGGUUCAUCUACAGUUAUCUCCCUUGUAUGAUGUGUGUGAUUGGGUUAUCUCAGAAUAGCUGAUACUCACUGUCUGGGGUUCAUCUACAGUUAUUUCCCUUCAGUGUGUAGAAGUAUGUGUUCGGUGGGGGAGGGUAUAGGGGUGAUAGGACCAUCUCAGGAUACAAAACACAGUUAUAAAUAAAGUAUGCUCUGUUUGGUAUACACUGUUUUGGGGUUUCAUCUAGAUGUACUUGCCUUGUAGUUGUACGAUGUACGGCAUAUCUGCAAAUCAUGUAUGUUUGUUUUAUCUAGAGUUACCUGCAUUGUAUGGUGUAUAUACAUAUGUACAUUUGUGACAGGGUUGUCUCGGCAAACAAAUCCUCAAUGUUUCCAUGAUGAAUGAAGUAAACAUUGAUUUGUUUUAUCUGGAGUUACCUGCCUUGUAUGGGCCAUUCAAAUAUUACGUAACACUGUUUUGGUCAAAAUUAGACACGCUCCCUCCACCCUGUAAUGCUCCGUAACACACUAGACCAUACACCUCCAACAUAUUAUCAACACAUGGAGAUACCCCUCCCAUUUACAAACAAGUCAUGCGAUGGGUGUAAUAUAAUUUUAAUGUACUGGGUUUUUUUUAUUGUGGAUAGCAUUGAUACACAUUGAAACUCCAUUUAUAAUCGUUAUUGUAUGUUUAACUGUCAAUGUUAACAUUGUCCUCUUGACAGCAUUUAUGAAAAAAACCCACCCCCAAGACCUCCAAAACCAAACAAAACAAAAUAUUUUAUUAAUUAAAAAUGUGUGUUAAAUAACUGUUCAGCACAACCCACCCCUGUAACACUACAUAAUGUUUGGACCUACACCCACCAACUAGGGUCUCCACGAGUACUUGGGCAUCGAGUCUAGCAACACUCGAGUCUGUUUAGAGGACUAUUGUACCCGUACAAUUGAGACAAUGCAGGGCACUAUCUUCAGCAGUAACUAAUCAGCAAUACAAGGUAACUAAUCACAGUAAUUAUAGGAUCUAACUUAAACAGUAACUAAUCAGCAAUACAAGGUAACUAAUCACAAUAAUUAUAGGAUCUAACUUAAACAGUAACUAAUCAGCAAUACAAGGUAACUAAUCACAAUAAUUAUAGGAUCAUGUACUAGUUUCACCUUUUAAUCUGACCGUAACCAUCCGUCCAUCCAAAUACUGAAUGUAUCAACCGGUUUCUAAAUGCAAUACAAUGGCAUGAUUUGGCAUCCAUGUUCAGCUCUGGAAUUAGAUGCAUGCCAUUUCACUUAUUCCUUAGUCUCAUUGUCAUCUAGUGUAAGUGUUGGGGACUCUGGUCUGGGUCGAGUUUGACUCUCUAGUACCCGAGUCAAAUAUGUUGUGGAGGCCCAGCCACUGACCCCUGUCAAGUAUUACAUAAUACAUUUGUAUUUGAAUGGCCCCUAUGAUGUGUAUACAUAAGUACAUGUGUGAUAGGGUUCACAUUCUCAGAGGUUUUUUUAACGCAAGUUACUUGCCCUUUAUGAUAUGUAUACCAGAUGUAGAUCUAGCGGGUUAGUAUUGGAGGUGUAACCUCCCCCCACCUCUGAAGUUCAAAGUGCCCAGAAACUCCGGUUUACAAUACAUUGAAGUUUUUAAAGGAAGAGAUGAAUAUUCUUGAAUAGACAGCCUAAGUCUACUGGACAACAAAAGCUAAAUCUACUGGACAACAAAAGAAGUGUAAAUAUUUGAAAAAUAUUUUAUUUCUGUUUUUCAUAACAAAAUUAAUUUGGUAAUUUUCAUGAAAACGAAAUGUAAAUGGAUUCCAAAUGAAUAUGUUUAAAUAAAUGAAAAAAACAUGAAAUUAAAAUUUGGGUGUCUUGUAUUGUUCUGUGUUUAGCUGGACGCCAAAAAUUAAAAACAAUUUGGCGAAUUUGAUCAGGAAAUCAGGAAGCCAAAUUCAAGUAACAUUUAGAUAAAGAGAAUUAUUUUUAUAAAUAGCUAUACACAUAAAAAAUAUAUGCAGCCCUGGCGUAGGAUGGGGGGUUGGGGGCAACUGUGCAGCAGCAGUGAUGGUUUUUAUAUUAUACAUGUAUUGAUAUAUAUCUGUGUGUGUGUGUGUGUGUCCCCCCCCCCCCCCCCACCUUCCUAUGCCUGUGUGCAGUUUUUGAAUUUGCUUUUGUGCAAAUUGAUAUGACAUUUAUUUGCCAAAUUCAACUUUAAAUCCUCUAAAUGUGUUAACAUGAUGAAUGAAGUAUACUUGUGUAUAUGGUAUAAAACCUCUAAAUGUGUUAACAUGAUGAAUGAAGUAUACUUGUGUAUGUGGUAUAAACCCUCUAAAUGUGUUAACAUGAUGAAUGAAGUAUACUUCUAUAUGUGAUAUAAACCCUCUAUAAAUGUGUUAACAUGAUGAAUGAAGUAUACUUGUGUAUAUGGUAUAAACCCUCUAAAUGUGUUAACAUGAUGAAUGAAGUAUACUUGUGUAUAUGGUAUAAACCCUCUAAAUACAGUAUCGUGGUGAAUGGUGUAAUGUAUACUUACAUACAUGUGUAUGCGGUUAACUCUGUGUAAAUCCUCUGAGCAUUGUGAAUUGAACUGUUUGAUUAUAUAUAUAUAUAUAUUACUUGUGUUCAUAUGAUGCAUUUUGUACCAUUGAAAGUUAAUCAUUUAUACUAGUAUACUGGGCAUAGUAUUACACUGCUGAGAACAUACAUACAUUAUCAUGGGUAACAAAUUUGAUUAACACAUUUUAUAACUACAGAACAAGAUGCAACAAAACAAAACAGUCAAGCAGUAGAUGGUUUCUUUAGGCUGUACGUUCGCCACCUGAACACACCAGUGCAGACUGAAGGUGACACAUGAGUGCCUGGUUCGAGAAUAGCCGAUUGUACAAGACAAACAUUACCAUUUCAGAGGCACUUGUACAGUGUAUGGUCGCCUUUAGGUAAUCAGUAAGUGCUGGGCUCCUCAGUGGUUGGUUGGUUCAACUCCUCUUACACUUCACUUUGCUCAGACUAUGGACGCAAGCAGCUGAACCAGAUCAGAAACCUGCCCACUCACCAGGGGUUUACCCACGAUUUAUGGACAUGACUUAUGGGAUUUGAAAAAUUAGCAUCAUUUAAUCCAAGGCUCGACAA